CCGUACUUGCAAGAGACAGAUUCUUUCCAUUCAUUGUCGUUGACACGCACAGAGGUGGUGUUCGUCUGUUCCUCCGCGCCCCCACGCGUUUCCACGGCCUUUUUCCUCCUGUUAGCUCGAGUUUCUUGAUUGCCAUUUGAGGCUCUUGGUCUGCUUCUGAUUUUGAGAAUUAAGGCUUCAAGAAUGUCACCAAAUGUGUCCCAAAACGGAAGUAAGAAAAGUCUUGAGACGUCAGGCAGUAUAUUUGAAAUUGAGGACUUUGAUGUUUUGAGGUCAUUGGAGAGGCCAAGGCCGGUUAGUAUAGAGAGGGUUAGAUCCUUUGAUGAAAGGUCAUUCAGUGAAUUAUCGAGUACUCUAUCGCCUCGUGCAUUUGGUAGAAAUGCCGACAGUUAUGCUCACAUCAUAGAUCAUCUUGAGUAUCCAUCUUCUCCACACAGACGGUCUGGAUUUAAUACACCCAGAUCAAAUAGCCACUUUGAAUCACAUCCCUUGGUAGCUGAUGCAUGGGAAGCGUUGAGGCGUUCCUUGGUUUACUUCCGUGGGCAACCUGUUGGAACCCUUGCUGCAGUCGACCAUUCUGUUGAAGAACUUAACUAUGAUCAGGUGUUUGUUAGGGAUUUUUUCCCAAGUGCCAUGGCUUUUUUGAUGAAUGGUGAGGAAGAAAUUGUGAGAAAUUUUCUUUUGAAAACUCUUCGCCUUCAAUCUUGGGAGAAAAGGAUAGAUCAGUUUAAACUAGGGGAAGGAGUUAUGCCCGCAAGUUUUAAAGUGCUCCAUGAUCCAAAAAGAAACAAUGAUACUUUGAUUGCAGACUUUGGUGAAAGUGCGAUAGGAAGAGUAGCUCCAGUUGAUUGUGGAUUUUGGUGGAUUAUAUUACUGCGUGCAUAUACAAAACAUACAGGGGACUCUUCCUUGGCAGACUUGCCUGAAUGCCAAAAUGGUAUGCGCCUUAUUUUGAGCCUCUGUCUCUCAGAAGGCUUUGAUACAUUCCCAACUCUGCUGUGCGCUGAUGGAUGCUGCAUGAUUGACCGGAGAAUGGGAGUAUACGGGUAUCCUAUUGAAAUACAAGCACUCUUUUUUAUGGCUUUAAGAUGUUCUUUGCUCUUACUUAAGCCAGAUGGUGUGGGAAAGGAAUUUGUUGACCUUAUAGGCAACCGUCUCCAUGCUCUGAGCUAUCACAUGAGGAGCUAUUUUUGGCUGGACUUGAAGCAGCUCAAUGGCAUUUAUCGGUAUAAAACAGAGGAGUACUCCCAUACUGCAGUUAACAAGUUUAAUGUUAUGCCUGAUUCUCUUCCGGAUUGGGUGUUCGAUUUCAUGCCAAGCCGUGGUGGUUACUUUAUUGGGAAUGUUAGUCCUGCAAGAAUGGAUUUCCGUUGGUUCUGCUUGGGAAACUGUGUGGCGAUUUUAUCAUCUUUGGCAACACCUGAGCAAUCUGCAGCUAUAAUGGAUCUCAUUGAAUCACGUUGGGAUGAGUUGGUUGGAGAAAUGCCACUGAAGAUCUGUUAUCCAGCCAUAGAAGGUCAUGAAUGGAGGAUUGUGACUGGCUGUGACCCAAAAAACACUAGGUGGAGUUACCACAAUGGCGGCUCUUGGCCAGUGCUUUUAUGGCUACUCACAGCGGCAUGCAUUAAGACUGGACGUCCCCAAAUUGCAAGACGUGCGAUUGACCUUGCUGAAAGCCGGUUGUCAAAAGACCACUGGCCGGAGUAUUAUGAUGGAAAGCAUGGCAGGUAUGUCGGAAAGCAGGCUCGUAAAUUCCAAACCUGGUCUAUUGCAGGCUACUUGGCCGCCAAGAUGAUGCUUGAUGACCCUUCCCAUUUGGGUAUGAUAACACUUGAGGAAGACAAGCAGAUGAAACCCCCUUUAAAAAGAUCUGCCUCCUGGACUGUUUGAUGCUUGAUGCACUUCAACUUCAAUCUCCAUUCUCGACCCAAAUUAAACUUUAGAUAUGAAAUCAUUUUCAAUCUCUUUUUAAGCAAUACUUCAGAUAUGAAAUUUUUUACACGGGACAGUGGAAUUCAUGCAGUUUACAGGUUGAUUGCUGGCUAUUUGUUCUCUCAAUAUAUGGAAUCACAUUUUUAUCUUGCAA